GGACAAGUGACAGAUCACUGCACUGACACUGAAAGGUGUAAGCACUGUUUUGGUUUUGCAUUUAUUGUAUUUAUAUUUUCAAUUCCUUUUAAAAUAGUUUUGGGACAAAAUGGGUUGUGAUGGGGGUACCAUUCCCAGACGAGAUGAAUUAGUUAGAGUAAAAAAGAAGCCAGAAGCUAAAGAUAAAGACGCUGAAUUGGCAUUUAAAUGGAGAUGUUGUACGAUAACCCAAGAAAUACUUCAACGACCCAUUGUAGUUUGUCAUUUGGGAAAACUGUAUAGCAAAAUGUCUUUAAUUGAAGCACUACUCGAUAGGAGUACCUUACCAGAAGCUUGUAAACAUAUAAGAAGCUUAAAGGACGUUAAAGAUCUAAAACUAACACCAAAUCCUGAGUUUGCAAAAAAUGAAGACAAGAAGGAAGGUUCUCUGGAUUCAAGGUCUGCACCUUACUUAUGCCCUGUAUUAGGACUUGAAAUGAGCGGCAAGUUCAGGUUUGUGGCAAUAUGGUCGUGUGGUUGUGUAUUUUCUGAACGUGCUUUGAAAGAAAUAAACACUAAGAAUUGUCACAAAUGCACAAAACCUUUUGAAGAUGAUGAUGUAGUUAUAAUAAAUGGAAAUGAAGAGGAUUUGCAACUAAUGAAAGUGAGAAUGGAAAAAAGAAGACAGCAAAACAAGAAAAAUAAAGAGAAAAAGGUUAUUAUAAAACAAGAAACAGAAGAUACUAAUGCUAAUGAGCCUUCAGGUUCAGGAAUAAAAAGAACUGCAAUUGUUUCAAAAUGUGAUGACGUCUCUAAAAAACUGAAAUCUGGCAAUGAUGUAUCUCAUUCGAAGAUUGGAAACAUGAUAUCUGUGGGAAAAGUAACAAAAGCUGAGGAAUUGAGAAAAAUGAAACCAGAUUACAGUGUGGCUAAAGACAAACAUGCAUCUAAUGUAUACAAAUCUCUGUUUACCAGUCAUCAAUCUGAAAAGGAUCAAGACAGGGCUCACUGGGUCACUUAUAAUCCCUUUUAUAAUUAACAUCUAAACAUUUUUGUAGGUUCUGGCUCUUUGUCUUUGGUAUAUAUU